AUGGGGUCGCCGCGGCUCAAGCUCAAUGUCGGCCGAGAUGGGGACAGAAUCAGCGCGCUCCACGACGACCUCCUCCUCGGGAUCCUCGAGCGCCUCGACCUGCGCGACGCGGCCAAGGCAUCGCAAGUGCCAUUUGCCCUGAGCGAGUGCUUUUCAAGGAGUGCCACAAACCUGUCUAAACUGUAUCUCAAUUUUGGCUGUCAAAUGAUUUGGAUUAAACCAGAACACCCGAAGGAGCUCACUUAUAUAUUCAACAACCUGAAUAGUUUGGCGCUUUACAAUAUCUUUUCUGAGUGUGACCUGAGCUGGACCUUGUUUAUCCUUGAAGUUGCACCUGCCCUACAGAAAUUCAGAUUAUCUCGAACUCAACACCCAUGUGCCAAAGUGUCCAAGGACAACCCCGAGAAGACUAACAUCGUGUGGGAACCAUCCAAGGAUUUGAAGCACCUGAACCUGAAGUUAUUUAUAAUGUUUGGGUUCGAGGAUGAAGACAAGGCGGCAAACUAUAUAAGGCUUGUCAUGGAACAUGCCGUGGGCUUGAAAAGAAUCGAGUUGCAUGGUAGAAGCCCAUGCAAUGGGUGCGAUGCCAUCGACCUUGAGUCCCUGAGAAGAAGAUCCCAGGCGGAUGAAGCUAGCAGGCAUCGGAUUAAGGAGCAACUCACGCAUGGAUCUUCCUCGUCCGUGGAGAUAGUAAUCUGCUGA